CUGAGUGUCCCUGUUGUUUUUCCGCGACAGCAGGGUACUUAACAUAUGAAUGUUAGGGACAGACAAGCGGCAGGGAUGGCGCCAAGGGGCGCAAUCACCAAGGAUACCGUCACCUGAGAGAUUUGUUUACAAACUUCGCGUCUCCUCGAAACCGAAUUAAUUAGCUUGCAAGGAGGGAAGUUUGAGGGGACAAACAUGGACAGGGAGUCAGGAAACGGAAGUGAUGACUGUUCUGAGGACGCUGUGGUGGGAAACGUCAACAAAUUCUGUGUGGUCCCGCCGGGGUACAACUCCCAGCCACGCAGGGGACAUCUCAUCUUUGAUGCCUGCUUUGAGAGCGGUAACCUGGGCAGAGUGGACUACAUCACAGAGUUUGAGUACGACCUGUUCAUCAGGCCAGACACCUGCAACCCUCGCUUCAGGGUCUGGUUCAACUUCACUGUGGAGAAUGUGAUGGUGGGACAGAGGGUGAUCUUCAACAUUGUAAACUUCAGCAAGACCAAGAGCCUCUACAGAGAAGGGAUGUCUCCAUUGGUCAAGUCUACCAGCAGGCCAAGAUGGCAAAGGGUCCCGCCAAAAAACGUGUACUACUACCGCUGUCCGGACCACCGCAAGAACUACGUCAUGUCCUUUGCCUUCUGCUUCGACCGUGAGGACGAUGUGUACCAGUUUGCGUACUGCUUCCCGUACACCUACACACGACUGCAGAGUUACCUGGAGGCAAUAGAGAAGAAGAACCUGGACUACUUCAACAGGGAACUACUGUGCCUUACCGUGCAACAAAGAAGACUAGAUCUUCUGACCAUCACUGCACCAGAAAACUUGGACCCUGACGAGAACCAGAGAGUAGUGUUUGUGACGGCGCGUGUACACCCCGGCGAGACACCUGCCUCCUUUGUGUGCCAAGGUUGGAUAGACUUCUUGGUGAGCCAACACCCUAUCGCACGGGUGCUACGACAACACCUGGUAUUCAAGAUUGUCCCGAUGCUCAACCCCGAUGGUGUGUACCUGGGUAACUACAGGUGUUCGUUGAUGGGUUUUGAUCUGAACCGCCACUGGCAGGACCCCUCCCCCUGGGCCCACCCCACUCUCCAGGCCACCAAACAGCUGCUCAUGGACCUGAAUGGAGAUGAGAAAGUUGACCUUGACUUCUACAUCGACAUCCACGCCCACUCCACGCUGAUGAAUGGGUUCAUGUAUGGGAACGUCUACGACGAGGAGGACCGCUUCGAGCAGCAGAUGGUGUUCCCCAGGUUGCUAGGCAACAAUGCAGAAGACUUCUCUUUGGCUAACACCAAUUUCAACAGAGAUGCCGUCAAGGCAGGCACAGGCAGGAGAUUCCUAGGUGGCGCUCUUGAUGACAACUGUUCCUGCUACACCCUGGAGGUCUCCUUCUUCAGCUACCUCACCAACUCCUCCAGUGUACCAGUCCCCUACACAGAGGAAGCCUACAUGAAGCUUGGCAGGAAUGUUGCCAGGACUUUCCUAGACUUCUACAAACUGGAGCAUCUCAUCAACCCCAAACCCACCGCCGGUCCACAGUAUCCACGAGGUCAGCGAAACUCAUCAGGUCGCGGGAAGGACCGUGAGCGCGGGCGGGAGAGCCGGGGAUCCCGUGCCAUGUCCUCCCAGCAGGAGGUUGGGAGUUACGCGGGCAGCGCGAGCGGCAGCAGUCUGGAGGCCAUGCCUGUCCACUUCAAAAUGCACCACAGAGACGGCAAGAAGAGAUAGACAAUCCAACAUCCAGAUCCACUAUAGAGUAUAUUUUUGAUGACUUGCCUUUGUAUUGGCCUGGAGUCCUAUUCUAGCUCUAGUUUGCUCAGUCAAUAGCUACCAUGCAGAAUAGUCUGUCCCCUUCCCUCUAUUUAAAUGUUUGGUCCCUACUUCCCUACUUAUUUAGUCAGCUCUACGCACCACAUGCAAGAGAAUGAGAAAGAGAGUCUCUAUACUUCCCGCAUUAUUUCAGGAAUCAAACAUUUCUGAGAAACACUUGCAAUGGGGGACCUAUUUCUGUCUUUAAUCCCAUUACUAUGCCAAAACAAGGACCAUGUGACUCUGAACCAAUCAGAACUUUCGCCCGUGCUUGAGGCAAAUGUCAUGCAGGAUGUUUGGCCCAGAAACGAGAGGACCUGGGUUCAUAUCCUGUCAUGCUACAAAAUUGUGCUCUCUGGAAAGGCAUUUAACACAACUUUCCUCACUCUUUGCCCAGGUGUGAAAAGUAGGUAUACCUGACUUCAGUAGGUGAGGUACCUGUAAAACUAAGGGUGGUGAGAAGAGAGGGUUGGGCUACACCUUUCAAUAUUGUACCAUAUGGCUAGACACAGUGGAUAACAACCCACUGCCCCUAACCAUUGAAAAGACUAAGAGACUACCUUUUUUUAAAUGCCAAUUGUUUCUAUAUCAACAGAUACCAGUGAGAUUAUUCUGCAGAGAAACAACCAAAAGAGCAAGCGAAGCUAGAAUAGGAUUGACAUUAGAGCAGUUUUGUAUGUUCCAGCUUACAUUUGUAGCUCCUGAAUGUUACAUGAUAAAUUACUACAAGGCAACACAGUACAUAACUGUAGAUAGGACUUUUUAAAGUUCAUUUGACCACUGGAAUAUAUUAGUGACAUUGUAUGAUACAGUAUUUUAGUUAUUUUUGCUGGCAGAUUGUAUUUCUGUAAAGGUAUACUUGUCUGUUGUUAUUUGGAUAUGCUGAAAGCAUUUGUGUAAGUUUUGAUAAGUUAAGAUAAGUUGUUUGAGUGUUUUUUUUCUUGUAAAUAUGUUUUAAACAAGGCUAAUGCAAUAUAUUUGAGAUAUUUUCAUUUUGCAUUCCAGUAUAUAAUGAUGUUGGUUUUACUGUGGUUUGUAGAAGCUACUACAUGGAUAAAUAUGCAUUUGAUAUCUUAAUUGUUAGAAAUGAUGGGUGAAAAAUGUACCUGACAACAUCAGAUAGCCUUACCAUGGACAAUCUUAGCACAAGUAGGGUUUUUCAUCCACUGAAAAUGUAGUUAC